GAGAGAAUAAAACUCCAGCGAGAUCCGGGCCGCGAACGAAAGCAGUGACGGAGGAGCCAGUACCACCGGUAACUAAAUGACCAUGGAAUCUGGUGCAGAGACCCAACAGAGUGGCGAUGCAGCUGUAACAGAGGCAGAAAAUCAACAGAUGGCUGUACAAACACAACCACAGAUUGCAACAUUAGCACAGGUUUCUAUGCCAGCAGCUCAUGCAACUUCAUCUGCUCCCACAGUGACCUUAGUGCAGCUCCCUAAUGGGCAGACAGUUCAAGUCCAUGGAGUUAUUCAGGCAGCCCAACCAUCAGUUAUUCAAUCUCCACAAGUCCAGACAGUUCAGAUUUCUACUAUUGCAGAGAGUGAAGAUUCACAGGAAUCAGUAGAUAGUGUCACAGAUUCUCAAAAAAGAAGAGAAAUUCUCUCAAGAAGGCCCUCCUACAGGAAAAUUUUGAAUGACUUAUCCUCAGAUGCACCUGGAGUUCCAAGAAUUGAAGAAGAAAAGUCUGAAGAGGAGACAUCAGCACCUGCCAUUACAACUGUGACGGUGCCAACUCCAAUCUACCAGACUAGCAGUGGGCAAUACAUUGCUAUUACCCAGGGAGGAGCAAUACAGUUGGCUAACAAUGGCACAGACGGAGUACAGGGCCUACAAACGUUAACUAUGACAAAUGCAGCUGCCACUCAGGCCAGCACCACCAUCCUGCAGUAUGCACAGACCACUGAUGGGCAACAGAUUCUCGUACCUAGCAAUCAAGUUGUUGUGCAAGCUGCCUCUGGAGAUGUACAAACAUACCAGAUUCGAACAGCACCCACCAGUACCAUUGCACCUGGUGUUGUUAUGGCAUCAUCCCCAGCACUUCCCACGCAACCUGCAGAAGAGGCGGCACGAAAGAGAGAAGUUCGUCUAAUGAAGAAUAGGGAAGCAGCACGUGAGUGUCGUAGGAAGAAAAAAGAAUAUGUGAAAUGUCUAGAGAACAGAGUGGCUGUGCUUGAGAACCAAAACAAGACACUGAUUGAAGAGCUGAAAGCACUUAAGGACCUUUACUGCCACAAAUCGGAUUAA